AUGAAUGAAAAGGCAAAAGAAACGGAGUUGCCAACAAACUUGGACCAAUUUACCGACCAAAACGGUACGACGUACCACCAAAAAGGUUUCGAAAAAUGGCUGAACAAACUAUUAUGUAGGGGUGAUUUGAUAGACGAAGGAUUUGAAGCCAAACCAGUUGGCUUUACUGAAUUGGUAUGAAAUAAUAAGUCAUUUUUAUAUUAUUAUAGUCUAUACUAGUUUACAUUUUAUAUUUAAAAAUUAUAAAAUAUAAAUGAAAUCUUCGCUUUAAGGUUACGUUAUGCUGUUUUAGUUUAAAUAUGCUUCUAAAUCAGACAAGCUACUAAUAUAUACUGGUAUUACGACAGCAAUAAUCUCUGGAUGUAUUCAAUCAUUGUCAGCCGUCACCUCAGGCAAAUUUGCUACAGCUAUGUUAGAUUUCGAUAGUAAUGUAAGUAAUCAUUAAUAAUAAUAUUACUAUUAAGAUCAUCCAAAAGAAUACCUUACUGAAUGAUUACAAUUAAAUAAAAGUUAAAUUUUUUAUACGAUUUUUUUGACAUUGCAUUUUACAGACAAUUGACAAAGAAACUCUAUGGGACAGAGGCUUUUUCAUGAUGAAACUGAACAUGGUUAUUGGUGUUGCUGUGAUGUUAACAUCGUUUGUUUCUAACUAUUGUUUGAAAUUGUCAGCUCGCAAUGUUACUGCACAUUUAAGGAGUAGGUUCAUAAAAUCUAUUUUGCGACAAGAUGCCGGUUGGUUCGACAAGCAAAAGUUUGGUGCUUUAAACGCACAACUAAAUGAGUAUGUUUGAAACCAAAAAAUCUUACAAUUUAUUUAGUUCUACGUUUUUAAUAUUAAAAUCAAAGUGCUCUGUAAAUUCCUUUAUUUAUUUUAGUUGCAUAACUCGUAUUCUUGAUGGAAUGGGAGACAAAAUUGGCCUUCUAAUUCGUUGUGUUUUCCAACUUUUGAUGGCGUUUGCAAUUUGUCUUUACAUUGACUACCGUGUUUCAUUAUCAAUGUUUCUGGCAGCACCGUUUUCUUGUUUUAUUAUGUCGUUUAUGGCACGAAUGGUGAGUUCUUCAACUCAGAAACAGCUUCCCCUUCUUGACCGAUCUGGAGCAAUUCUUCAAGAAACCUUGAUGAACGUUAAAACCGUACAGUCGUGCAAUGGACAAGCGCAAAUGCUAAGAAAGUAUGAAAAGUCAUUGAUUGCAGCCAAGUUUUAUGGGAUUAUGUGUGGUAUUUGGCAAGGACUUUUUGACGGUAUUUUCUUUUUGGUUCUGUACGUAUUUUUUGCUGUCGGUUUGGUUUACGGUGGUUAUUUGUAUUUCAACGAUCAAAUUGAAUCAGGAGAUGUGUUCAUUAUAACCACGUUGUUGUUGAUGAGCAUCUACUUCUUGGGAUAUAUAAGCCCGCAUAUUAUGGCUAUAUUCAAGGCCCGUGUAUCGGCUGCGGUAAUUUACAAACAGAUAGAACGUGUAAGGACUUCUACAUUAUAUGAGGUCGAAUUUCUGUAGUUUUAAUUAUUAUGAAGUAACACUUCUGUUUAGAUACCUGAUAAUGAUUGUUACGAUGAAGAAGGUGAAGAAAUCGUAGAGUCAAAAGGACACAUUAAGUUUGAAAACGUUAAAUUUGCGUAUCCGACACGUAAAGGAAAAACAGUUUUAAAUGGAGUUUCUUGGGAAGCUUUACCUGCUGAAACCGUUGCACUAGUUGGACAUAGCGGUUGUGGUAAAAGUACUUCUGUAAGUUAAUAUUUUUUUAAUAUUUUUCUUCUUAAAGUUACAAAACGUUGAUUAUUGACAUAACUUAUUGUAGAUUUCUCUGUUAACUCGUCUUUAUGAUUACUCUGAAGGAAGAAUUACAAUUGAUGGAAAAGAUAUAAAAACAUUGAAAAUUUCUGCAUUGAGAAAAAUCAUCGGUGUAGUUCAACAGGAACCCACCUUGUUUAAUGCUAGUAUAUACGAAAACAUACAACUUGGAGACACAUCGAUAACAAUGGAUAAAGUUGAAACGGCGUGCAGAAUGGCAAAUGCUCACGAUUUUAUUCAAAACUUAGAAUUCGGCUACAAUACAAAAAUUGGAAGUGGAGAAAUUCAGUUAUCAGGUGGACAAAAACAGCGUAUUGCUAUUGCCCGGGCAAUCGUCAACAAUCCGCCAAUUUUAUUGUUGGAUGAAGCGACUAGUGCACUUGAUGCGGAAAGCGAAAUCUAUGUACAAAAGGCAUUAAAAACAGCGUGCAAGGGACGGACGACGAUUGUGAUUGCACAUAGGUUGUCAACGUUACGAGAUGUUCAAAAAAUUGUUGUAUAUAAUAAUGGUUUGGUUACUGAGAUCGGGUCUCAUAAGGAAUUAAGUGAACAAGAAAAUGGAUUAUACGCGCAGUUGGUAAAGGCACAAGAGUUUCAAAUUGUUCAAAAAGAUACUGAAAAAGAAGAAUCAAAGGUACCAACGAGGCAGGACACAUUGGGUGCAAGCUCGAUAAUGUUGAGGGGAAGUUUAAGAACUAGCGAGUUAAGCGGUAAGUUUUACAAGCCUCAAGAAUUUUUUUAUGACUUAGCUUUGGGUUGGUAGAUGCUUUGAGGAGAGCGGGAUAUAUUUAAAUUUAGAAGUUACUUAUAAAUUGUUAUAUAUUUAAACUGGAACUAAUUUUUUCAUAUUAGUAAUAGCACCAGAAGACGAAUAUACGGAUACAAAAACAACCUAUGGUCUGAAAGCGUUAUAUUCAAAUUGUCAAGGUGAAUAUACAAAACUAAUUAUUGGCGGCAUUUGUUGCUGUUUUCGAGGAAUAGAAAUUGUAAUGUACGUAGUUGGUUUGACAUUGUUGUUUGAUGUGUUCCGGAAUAAGUAUGUUACAUGGGAUGAUUAUGUUGGAGGUUUGCAACUUGUUGGAUGGUUCAACAUUAUUUUGGGAAUCUACACUUUGGUUAUGAUUUUUAGCAGUGUAUGUUAAAAUUGAAAACGUAUAACUUCAAUGGAAACACAUAUUUUAUAUAUAUACUACAAUAUUGUUUAUUAAUUUUACUAUACAAAGAUUUUUAGGUGGUUUUGCUAACUUGGACAGCUGAAAACGUUGUGGUAAAAUUCAAAGUCAAAGCUUUACAAAGCGUUCUAGGCCAAGGAGCUGCGUACUUUGACCGUCCUCAAACUUCAUCACCAAAACUUUUUCAACGGAUUACAAACGAUGGCUUGAAUGUACGAGCUGCUUUGGAUACACGACUAUAUCAUUUGUUAAACAAUUUGUUUUGCACUUUUGUUCAAUUUAUAUUAACAUUUGUUAUGUCUUGGUAUAUUGGCAUUGCGGGAAGUGUGGUAUAUGUGACAGUAUUGCUUGUUCUUGGCUAUAUGGCGCAUUUAAUACAGAAAGGAAUGUUGAAAGUGCAGAAAACUGACGACAGUGCUAAAGUUGCGGUUGAAAUCAUAGAAAACAGCCGUACAAUACAAUUAUUAACACGAGAAACGUACUUCGCAAAAAAAUACGAUCAGUGCUUAGAACGAAUUGAAGAGACUGAAAAAAAGGUACGUUUGAAAAGAACUAAAUAACUUCUAAGUAAAAUUUAAGUUUAUAAAAUUUUUUAUUAAAAAUUUACACUUAAAAGUUUUAGGUUUUGUUGGCCGAUUCCGUAGUGUUUUGUGUUACACAAUCUUGUAUGUACGUUAGUGAUGUAGCAUGUUAUACCACGGGUCUGAUGCUAAUUUAUUAUUACGGUAUGGACGUUACUAACAUUUACAUGUAAGUGAAAUUCUGAUCUUUUUUACUUUAUGCUUAAAACUAUAAACGUAAAACAUAAAACUUGCAAACAAUUUAAGGGCAUGUAACAUGAUGUCUUCAAUGUGUUGGUCAAUCCUUUUUGUGUCAUUAGCAUUAGUAGAAGCUCUACACGCUGUACCGGCUACAAAUUCGUUAUUUUCGAUAUUUAACGAAGCACCUUGCGUAGACGAUAACGAAACCUACGGUGACACCCCUUCAAUAGAUGGAAACGUCACUGUAGAAAAACUAUUCUUUUCGUAUCCAACGCGACCGGAUUUAAUUGUAACAAACGGGCUUAACGUCAAAGCUAAGGCAGGCGAGACAAUAGCUUUAGUUGGACCUAGUGGCGGUGGUAAAAGUACUAUUAUCAACAUUCUUCAACGCUUCUAUGAGCCAAAGUCCGGUCGUGUUGAUGUAGACGGUGUCAAAGUUUCUAGUUUUAAAUUAUCUUAUCUCAGGUCUCAAAUGGCGUUGGUUGGUCAAGAACCGGUACUUUUUUCCGGUUCUAUAUACGAAAAUGUUACAAUUGGAAUUAAAGAUAUUGACCAUGAAUGGGUGAUGGAAGCUUUUAGACUAGCAAAUGCUUCAAAAUUUAUUGAAUUUUUGCCGCAAGGUUACAAUACAGAAGUCGGCGAAAAAGGUGCGCAAUUGUCAGGAGGACAAAAACAAAGAGUUGCCAUCGCACGAGCUUUAGUACGAAACCCAAAGAUAUUAUUGCUGGAUGAAGCGACUUCAGCUUUGGAUGCUGAAAGCGAACGAAAAGUACAAGCAGCACUAGACACGGCGGCAACAGGACGUACGUGUAUUACUAUAGCGCAUAGAUUAUCGUCGAUCCAGAAUGCUGACAAAAUUUACUUUAUCAGCAACGGCAGGGUUACCGAAGCCGGUACUCAUCAAGAAUUAAUGAACGAUGAUGGUGCCUAUGCUGGUAUGAUAAAAAAACAAGAUUUAAAAUCUACAAUGUAG